AUGUCGCUAUCACGGGCUUUCACUACGCGCAAGCUCAAGAUCGGCUCUGAUGCCGACGGCAAAAGUCCCCAGCGCUCGCACACUCUUCGCCACAAGAUCUCGGCUCCUGUCCAGCUUGUUCACACAACCAACAUGCUCUCUUACAACGCGCCUGAUCUGCCUCGAGUACCUGGACGCACCAACUCUUCGAAAUCUCUAACCGAUUCCGACAGCGUCGAAACCACCGAGUCGACCCCGCCAACCAGCCCGGACAUUGCCCAGGGAGAGCGCUCGCCUUCUCCCAAGCCGAAUCACCUCUCGGGAUACUUCAAGCCCGCAAAUGCGAAACCCGUCGUCCCAGCCCCGGCUGAGCCUGAGCCAACUCCCGCUCCAAUGAUUCCCCAGCGCUCUCCCACUCACACCAAGAAGAACUCGGUCGAUGCCGUCGCCAGGUCACGAUCCAUCACGCGCAUCUCUAGAGACUCGGAAUUGUCCGCUGCGUCCAGGAGUCUUCAGGCCUUCUCUUCCCGUUCUCCGUCUGUAUCAACCAACUCUUCGGCACCCUCUUCAGCACAUUCGUCAAUGCACUCUUCGGCGCAUAAUUCAUCCAUCUCGAGCCGCCUUGCGAAACAGCCUCUAGCUCCUGCUUUUCCUCUGGCCCCCGCGGCCACUACGGUUUCUGCAGCUCAUGCAGCUCCUGCAGCCUCGUCUGUGCAACCUUCUAAUGCAGCGAGGCACCACGUCGCCAAGGAUUCAAAUCCUUUUGGAGCAGAGCUGGCGCAAGUGACGGAGCUAGCGGAGGAAUUUAGCUCCAGAAGCCAACGGGAGCAAAUGGAGGAGGACGUGGAAUAUAUCCGCUCCAAGGGCCUCGUCAAGCUGCGUCCCGACGACUAUCUCAGCAUGGUUCAAAGCCUGUCAUCCAUCUUCUUCUCCGAGUCUAGUCACCCGGCUCCCAAAGCUGCGGCACCACUCUGGAUUUAA